AUGGCCGGAGUUGACAAGCUGAUAAGCGCAAAUGUCGAACGAUUCGGCAAAAUUGAUAUUCUCCUGCUCGACGCGGGCAUCCAGUUCUUAAACCCUUUCAACAUAGUGACCGAGGAGGACUAUGAUGCCCAGUUCAAUUUGAACGUCAAGGGACCCUUUUUCCUGGUGCAGGUGAGCUAA